GGCGCGCUCCCGCGGCCGGGCCGAGCCCAGCCGUCCCUUCCCCCUCUGCCCGGGGAGGGGAGCAGCCGCCAGCGGGAGAGGAGGAGGAGGAGGACGGCGCGGCGGCGAGGAGACAGUUAAGAACCGGUCCAAGAAAAGCUCUAAGAAGGUAAACAGUAGCAGCAGUGGUGGCGGUGGCAGCGGCAGCAAGUUACCUCCAGUUUGCUAUGAAAUCAUUACCUUGAAGACUAAGAAGAAGAAGAAGAUGGCUGCUGAUAUUUUCCCCCGAAAGAAGCCAGCCAACAGCAACACGACUGCCAUCCAGCAGUACCACCAGCAAAACAUCAAUAACAACAAUAUUAUUCCAGCUCCAAACUGGCAAGGGCUGUACCCUACCAUCCGAGAAAGAAAUGCAGUGAUGUUCAACAAUGACUUGAUGGCAGAUGUUCAUUUUGUGGUUGGGCCACCAGGUGGGACCCAGCGUUUGCCAGGACACAAAUAUGUCUUAGCAGUUGGAAGCUCUGUAUUCCAUGCAAUGUUUUAUGGAGAGCUUGCUGAAGAUAAGGAUGAAAUCCGUAUUCCAGAUGUGGAACCUGCUGCUUUCCUCGCUAUGUUAAAAUACAUAUACUGCGAUGAGAUUGACUUGGCUGCUGAUACAGUUCUGGCAACUCUCUAUGCUGCCAAGAAGUACAUCGUUCCUCAUCUCGCCCGAGCGUGCGUCAACUUCCUAGAGACGAGCCUCAGCGCAAAAAAUGCUUGCGUGCUGCUCUCCCAGAGCUGCUUAUUCGAGGAACCGGACCUGACUGAGCGCUGCUGGGAAGUGAUUGAUGCCCAGGCAGAGCUGGCUUUGAAAUCGGAAGGGUUCUGUGACAUUGAUUUUCAAACACUUGAAAGCAUUCUCCAAAGGGAGACUCUGAAUGCCAAAGAGAUUGUGGUUUUUGAAGCAGCUCUUAGUUGGGCCGAAGUUGAGUGCCAACGACAAGAAUUGCCUGCCAGCAUUGACAACAAGCGCAAAGUCCUUGGGAAGGCGCUCUAUCUGAUUCGCAUCCCUACGAUGGCGCUUGAUGACUUUGCAAAUGGGGCUGCUCAGUCUGGUAUUCUGACCCUCAAUGAAACAAACGAUAUCUUCCUCUGGUACACAGCUGCCAAAAAACCAGAGCUGCAGUUCGUCAGCAAUGCCCGGAAAGGCCUUGUCCCGCAACGCUGCCAUCGCUUCCAGUCUUGUGCCUACCGCAGCAACCAGUGGCGCUACAGGGGCCGUUGCGACAGCAUCCAGUUCGCCGUUGAUAAAAGAGUUUUCAUUGCCGGCUUUGGCCUCUACGGCUCCAGCUGUGGAUCAGCAGAGUACAGUGCAAAGAUUGAACUCAAGCGGCAAGGGGUUAUCCUAGGGCAGAACUUGAGCAAGUAUUUCUCAGAUGGAUCGAGCAACACUUUCCCAGUGUGGUUCGAGUAUCCAGUGCAGAUCGAGCCAGACACAUUCUAUACGGCCAGCGUGAUUCUGGAUGGCAACGAACUCAGCUAUUUCGGACAAGAAGGGAUGACGGAGGUUCAGUGUGGCAAAGUGACCGUGCAAUUCCAGUGCUCUUCAGACAGUACCAAUGGCACUGGAGUUCAGGGAGGGCAGAUUCCUGAACUCAUCUUUUAUGCGUGAAAGUGAGGACUUCCACCCGAAGGAGAAUGCCAUCUCGUGAUGUAUGGGCCUGGUUCAGAGCUAUUUGAUGCUUAGCUUGUUGUCUGCAGAUGUGUGAUGAGUCCAGGUAAUAUGUUCCUAAGUGCAGUGAACAGUCCAACACUUGCUGUACUUUUAUAGCCUGAUGUGAAAUUCUUCUUGUAUUGGAAGCUUCCAAGGACAUGCAAGCUAGCAAAUUAAGGGUCCGAGUAGUCCAGUCGUACCAUAGAUGGAAUGGCCUUAGUAUAAUGUAAGAAAAGCAAAUCAGUGUUCUCCUUCCAUGCGACAUGUCUUCUUUUCUGUCUCUAGCUUGUUCCUGUUUCCUGCCUGUUGAUUUAUAUUUACAUCUCCUUCAUCUUGGAGGCUUUUCCAAUGGCAAGUUUCUUGGUAGUUUUAGGCCUCUGUCACUUGGAUGCUCACGUCACUUUUACUCAGUGCUGAUUCAGCAGCCAUGCGCCUUUGCCACACAGGCCAGUUCUUAUCUCUGGGGUCUUCUUCCACACGCCACCUUGAUGUUAGCAAGGUGCAGUAAUUGAACCGAUCUGCCUCUUUUAACACGAGGGAUUCGUGAAAGGAAACACCUGAUUUCUAAAGCUGCAGAUAGCACUUAGCUGCCCUAUGAAUACGGGUCUCUCCCAUUUAACUGUGUCGGAGUAAGUACAGCGGAGGGUGAGUGGAUACCUGUAAGGAGCAGAGUGGUUUGGGCACAGCUGAUGAUCCGUGUGCUGCCUGCAAAGUCCCUUCCCAAACACAUCCUGUUAAGCGUGGGAGUGCUAGCCCGGUGUGGCCUUCAUUGCUGGGAAGGAACAGCUGCACCCCCCAGCCCCUCCGACCUAGAGCUCCCACACUCCCCGGCCACUGGGCAUGCGGGCAGGGCUUCUGUGGGGCGGGGUCAGUCGGUUAGUCCAAAACAUCUGGGGGGCACCAGGUUGCCUGUCCUAAAACUAGUGCAUUGAAGUGAAUGGUGUUUACACCAUGGCGGUGCCUCAAGGAUAGCAGCUAUUUUACUUUUUAAAAGAGCAUUUCCUCAUUUCAUCAAGCUUGGCAGCCAUUACAGUGACUGCCUUUUAUGGCACUAAUCCUUUUUCCAUUAAGUUAGACAAUCUGCAGCAACCCCUCCCCCCCCCACACCGCACACAAAUAAUUAAUUUCAUGAGCUGUAUUUUCCCAAAGGUAGUUGAAAACCCUUUAGUAUGGGAUUUCUUUUCCCAACCGAGUAAAAAACAGAAAUGUUUGGAGGAUUAUAUUGCUGUAAAUUGCAAUGGAAUGUAUUGGGUCUGUGGUGACAUUUGGUUUCUCCCUUUAACACAAGCUUGAAUAUUAUUAAUGCUACACAAAUUAAAUUAACUAAUUGGGUAAUUAAAUGGGUGGAAGAAAGUAGGUUACUAAGACUUCUUCAUUUCUAAGGAAGCACCUAGGCUGAAUAUAAUGUAGCUGUACCUAGAAUGUUAAUAUUAACCCUGUUUUGUUGGUUUUGUAGAUGCUCCAGAUCUCUAGGUUUUAAGAAUGUCCCCAAAUACUGUGCAUCUCUGAGAUCAGACAGUAACAUGACUUGGGUAAAUUAUGCUUCAACUACUGCAAAGUACCUAUGACAGCUAUAAGUGGUUGCUCUGCUUUGAGUAGGAUCCAUAGGAUAAAUCUCUAUAACACUUACAGUAACCUAUUUGUAAAUAUGAGUUUAUGGGUAGGCUCUGUUUUUGUGUGUUUAUACUGAAUGUGGUAUCUGCCAGCACUGUGUGAAAAAGGGACAUUUGUGAUGCAAACUUUGCCAGUUUAAUUUAUCUCCGUUCACAUCUGAAAUUCAGGUUUUCAUUGGCCAGAAGCAUUUUUCCCCUUUUAAAAAUUGGGUGUCAGGCUCCCCUUAGAACAAUCUGCAUUCUUGGCAGGAAAGGGCCAUUGGCUGACUGGUGGUAAAACCUUUUGCAAGGAAGCAAACAUAACUGAAGGAUAAGGAGCAAUUUUUUUGUGUUGAUGAAGUAAAGGGCACACUUUGAAAAAGGCAAGCCAUAAUUCAUACAGCUAGGAAGUUGCUUACACUAGUAUUCCAAGGCUGAGUUGUCCCAAUUUUCUGUCCGCGAAGAGAAUUUGAAAUGUCUUUCUCCUACACCAUGCUUUAAGCUGAACACCAAGUAAGCACCAGUGCUUCUUGUUGCACUGUUCAAGGUACUAGUGUACUCCCCUAACACAAAACUUAAUAGAAGAACUAUUAAAAAGAUGCUUCUUUCCAUGCAUGCCACAUUACUGGUUAGUGUGCUGCUUCUGUAAAAAAAACACCUGCUGUAAUCUUGAUUCCUGGCAGUCUUGAAGUGCCAUUAAAUAUCUGCAGUGUCCAAAACAUGAUAAGUAAAUGCAGCUUGACUUGGACAUGGGAAAAUCUCAUCUUUCAACCAUCUGUCCUUAGCCAUGCUGAACAUUAAGAAAAGCAUGGGGCGGGGCAUUCUCCAAGCCCAAAUGUUUCCUUGACAUUUAAAUGAUGUCAGGUUCUAUACUAUAAAUAUUUUGCUCUGUUUUUCAGGUGUGCAGAUCCUCCCAGAAAGUGCAGGCAGUGCUUGCCAGCCAGAUGCAAGGCUGGCAUCUGGGACAGGCAUGGGGGGAUGCCUGCCAAAGGCCCGCCUUUCAGCAGGGGACCACUGACAAGAGGCCCCUGGAAUUGCUUCUCCUCCUUGCCAUUGUGGCUCCCUUGCUCAUGCACCUCUCGCUGUGGUGCAGACAGCAAUGUGUGGUGGGGGGAGCAGAUGCCGCUGCCAAUCCGCUUCUGGGCUCCCUGCCUGUCAAGAAGCAAGAGGUAGUUGUGCUGGGGCAGAGGAUGAGCAGCAGGAGCAAAACUGGGGACCACGGCUGUGAGAAGGUAGGCUCACAAAGUUUGGCGUUCACUUGGGGUGACUUGCCCCAGGGCCUUCCAGAACCCAGAACUGGCACUGAGUGGAUGUAACGGAAUACAGCCGGCUUCAACCCGGAAGCCAAAGAGGAAGUGGGAGACCUGAGCUAAAAUCCCUGCUCAGUCCCAAAGUUUCCUAGAUGUCCUUGGCUCAGCUAGUCUCUCUCAGCCUAUCCUUCUUCAGAUGAUAACCACAGGGAGAAAAAUGGGAAGGCGGGGGCAUUUACACCACCCUGAGCUACUUGGAGGAAGGGCAAGAUCAACAUAUGAGGAAACAGUCUCUAUAUAACACAGGAGCGAAGCCUCUGCAGAUCUUUUUAUUUGGGAUUCCUGGAAGACACAUAAACAUAAUAACACAUAAACACAUAAACAUCCCUGGAAGAACAUAAUGUGUCUUCCAGGAACCGCAAAUAAAAACAUGGCAUUCCCUGCUCCGAGGAAGGAAACAGUGGUGCUUAACCCAUUAUCAGAUGUCUAGAAGUCAGUUGUCUUGCUUGGAUUGCGUGGCAUUUCUGGUGCCCUGCACCUUUUCAGCCUCUAGAUGGCGGGUGCAGACUGCUUCUUUUCCUUAAUGCCCCAUUGAAGUGCAUGGCUGGCCUGAGGUCCCCUAUUCCUCCCUGCAGAAUGGUAUCUGCAUGGAGUGCUUUAUCUUUCCCCUAAACACAAAUUUUUCCACAGAGAAAAAUUACCUGGGUGCAGGUAGGAGCGUGGCUGGGAAGGGAGAUUGAUUCAGCUCUCUGAUGUUGGGUUGCACAGCGCAGCCUCUCUUUCCAGGGGUCAUGGAGAUGCACUGCAUCCUCACUCAUCUCCUCCCCUUGUUGGUUGUAAGGAGGGGCAUUUCGCUCGUUUAAAGCUGAAAACUGCAGUGAAAAUCAUACAGCACUUUAAUGCCAAGCUGUGAAUAAAUAUUUGUCUCACUUUGAGGAGUAGUUCUUGCACCAUAGCGCAAUGCUAAAACACAUGCUUUUGUGGCCGUGCCAUUCAGCACACAAUCACUUUCACUAUAGGAGUGUAAUGCCAGUGAAAAUAAAAGGUUUUACCAGUUGUCAAAAAAGGCUAACACAUACAUGUCUUGGGGUAAUAUAAAAAGUGUGAUAUUAGUUACAUUCAAGAAGAGGAGGGUAGAACAGACAGCUUUGGGAGAGGUAGAAUAUGAUUACUAGAAGCUGAGCCACUUAAGUUGAUCAAGAGGCCUGGAAUUGUGCAUGAUUGGGGGUGGGGGGGCAGAAUAAUAAUGAGAUGAGUUCCUGGUUUGAAAUGUGUUAAAUUUGGCUUUGAAUUGAUAACAUUUUAGCCAGUGUGGUGUCGUGGUUAAGAGCAUGGGACUGGGACUCAGAGGAUCUGGGUUCGAGUCCCUGCUCAGCCAUGCAGCCAACUGCGUGACUCUGGGCCAGUCACAGACUCUCAGCCCAACCUA